GGUACACGAUACGAUAUUUUCUUCGCCUACUCAAACUUGGUUUCCUGAGCGAAUCAUGUCAAGCCCUUCCAAAACGCUGUUUCAGGGUCAUUCCGACCAUUAGCAGCAUCAUGGGCAGCACCUAUCUGUUGACCCAGGGUGCCACAACAGACGUCAUGUUCGGGUGUUUUCUUCGUACGCGCAAGAUCUUACCAAGAAGACUCGAGCAUUCUUGGUUGUCUGGCUAUGGCUAUCAGCUUCCUUCUCAGCAUCUCGCCAGCUCAUAUAGCUUGACUUGGCUGUCCAGUACCGCUCCACAGAGCUUCACCCGCCAUCUUUUACAUCGUUAUGCAGGUCUUUCCACAAUCGACAUCCUCUUCGAGGCGAUCUUCGAUCAUCCGACCCAGUCCGAGUCAAUACUCUUUCGCUAUUGCCGAGACUGCUGUGCAGUCUCCAACUGCCUCCUACGCAACAUUUCUACGCAAUCCAUCUUCUACGACGUUGGCAGUCAACGGCUCGUCGUCAACAACUUUCUCGCUGAAGCACUCGGAGGAACCUACGCCUGCUGCUGAGGGGACCGCGAAGUUAAAUCUAGACCGUGAGCAAUGGACGCGAACCAAAGGCUUCUGGCGCUCUUUUGUCGCUAUGUGCCUGCCAUUACUACUCUCGGCAUUGGAAGGUAGCGUCACGAAUACCGCCUUGCCGACUAUCUCUGCCGCACUUGACCUCGGAACCACGUUCUCGUGGGUCGCAACCGCCUUUCUACUGGCAAGUACGAUCUUCCAACCUAUGUACAGCCAGCUUGGAGACAUGUGGGGAAGGAAAAUACCUAUGAUGACAGCUAUCACUGUCUUUGCUAUUGGCAGUGCUGUGUGCGGUAUCGCCAACUCUGGUGCUACACUCAUCUUUGGACGCAUUAUCCAAGGGCUUGGAACCGGCGGUAUUGACCUAUUUGCCGAGAUGAUUCUUUGCGAUAUUGUGCCGCUCAGGAAACGUGGACCAUACCUCGCAAUCAAGCACAUUGUCUUCGCUAUCGGGACCUGCUUAGGACCGCUUCUUGGUGGCGUCUUCGCGGAGAUCAACUGGCGUUGGUGCUUUUUCAUCAAUAUGCCCGUCUGCUUCUUUGCCUUCGUCAUGAUCUACUUUUGGCUUGAUGUUGGCGGCGGCAUGAAGACUCAGGAAGUCUCCGUACUGAGUGAACUCCAAAAAGUGGACUACCUGGGCACCGCACUAUUGACAUUCUCAGUGGUCAUGUGCCUUAUCUCACUCAGCACCGGAGGUGCGCCUAAUCCGUGGUCGCACUGGUCCGUUGUCACGCCCUUGGUAUUCGGUGUCGUUGGUUUCAUCACACUCAUUUUCUGGGAACGCUCCAAGCGUUGCAAAUACCCGAUCAUGCCACCACAUGUGUUCUCGAACCGCACAACUGUCAUCUCCUUCGCACUGACGACCAUGCACGGUUUCAUCACGUACGGCUUUCAAUUCUACCUUCCUCCGUUCUUUCAAGCGGUAAAGGGAUCCUCGCCAAGUCAGUCUGGACUAGAAGUCAUGCCUACCACAUUGGCCGUCGUAGUGUGUGCUGCCGUUGGUGGCCCGCUGAUGUCACUAUGGGGCAAGUAUAAGCCCAUGCAUAUCGCAGGCUUCAGUAUCAUGACCGUUGGCCUCAGCUGUUGCGUACUCCUCGGGCCAUCGACUCCGAUCUCCGUCUGGCUUAUUCUCCAACUUGUCGUUGCUGGAGGGCUAGGUAUCGUUAUCUCAACCAUGCUCCCAGCUGUUCAGGUCAAACUGCCCGAGAGUAGUACUGGGGCGGCAGCUGGCUCUUGGGCUUUCCUUCGUGGUACGGGCUCGCUCUUUGGUGUUGCUAUUCCAGGAGCGGUGUUCAACCUCCGUUUUAUGUCGCUUCUCCACACGAUUCCCAGCAAGACUGCUCAGUCGCAGCUUGCGAGGGGUCAGGCCUACCAGCACGCAUCUGCAGCUUUCGUCGGUAGCUUUGGCCCCCAAAACAAGACACAAAUCAUCAAUGCUUUCAAUGAGAGCUUGAAAUCUGUCUGGAUUAUCUUUGCUGUUAUUGCAGGUAUUGGCUUUCUUAUGACGUUCGGCGAGAAGCAACAUAAGAUGCGCAGCCAGCUCAACACCAAGUACGGCCUGAAGAGCGCACCGCAGACCCCCACACCAUCUAUCACACGCUUUGAGGGAAUGGAUGAAUACCCUAUGGUCGUGGUCCCGUUGGGCGAGAAGCCUCGAGAGAUCGUUUGA